GCUGCCAGAGCUGCAGAGGGAGAGGGCAGACAGAGAUUCUUCACUCAGGACAUCAACAACAUCAUACUCGACAUAGAGCUGCAGACCCGGGAGCUGAACAGCCAGGUCCGCUCAGGGGUGUACGCUCACCUGGCUGCUUUCUUCCCCUGCAGUAAGGACACCCUGGUCAAGCGUGCCCGUAAGCUUUAUCUCUAUGAGCAGGGAGGCCGCUUGAAGGAACCUCUCCAGAAGCUGAAGGAAGCCAUUGGAAGGGCCAUGCCAGAGCAGAUGGCCAAGUACCAGGAGGAAUGCCAAGCUCACAGUCAGGCCAAGUUUGCCAAGAUGCUGGAAGAGGAAAAGGACAAAGACCAACGAGAUCGAGUUUGUUCUGAUGAUGAUGAGGAUGAAGAAAAGGGAGGGAAGCGCGUCACGGGACCACGAAAGAAAUUUCAAUGGAAUGAUGAAAUCAGGGAGCUGCUUUGCCACUUGGUGAAGAUUAAGUUGGAUGGUUAUGACCUUGACAAGAAUAAGGCUCAUUCUCUAGAGGACUAUGUGAAGACUUUCCUAGAUGGAGAGGUGAAGCCCCUUUGGCCAAAAGGCUGGAUGCAGGCCAGGACACUGUUUAAGGAGAGCAGGCGUGUACACGGACACCUCACAUCAGUCCUGGUGAAGAAGAAAGUGAUUGCUCCUACUAAGGUGAAAGUGAAGGAGUCUUCCUGCAAGCCAGAUAAAAAGAUGUCGGUUUCUGUUCCUUCGAUGCACUCAAGCAGCACCUUAGCUCUGGCUUCAGAGCCCCAGGGAGGAGCUCUGGGCAUCAGUGCCCAAACCAGAGAACUUCUGUCCCUUGGGACAGCCCAAGCAACCAGCAGCACUGGCACUCCUGCUGCCUUCAUGGAUGACUCCUUGGAUGAGGAUUUAAUUCACAAUCCCACUUCCUCCCUCGAAGCAGUCUCUAAGGAACUGGCUGUGCUGAACAGCAGAGCGGGAGGGAGCCCUGACUUUACUCUUCCUGCAGCUUCAAAAGCUCCACCAGAGAAGAUCCCAACUCUUGCAUCCUCAGAGGAGAAGAGAACAUUUCCAAAGUCCAACCCUUCCCCUACAUCAUCCUCUGGUUCCCUCCAGUCUCCUCUAAAUUUCCUGGCUGAACAGGCCCUGGCAUUGGGCCAGUCUUCUCAAGACAAAAAGACAGAGAACUCUAAUUACAAAGAGCUGUCCUGCCAAGCCUCCCCUAGCAAAAUCCUUCCUGAUGCGCACCAGGCCAAACAGAAACACCACAGCCUGGUCCGACCAAGCCAUGGGCCUCAGACCUCCACCCCAGUGCCAGGUUCUCAGGUGAAGGUCUUUCACUCAGGCAACCAGCUACACAAGACUUUCACCUCCUCAGCUCCGUUUGUCAAACUACAGAAUCCCAAGUCCUCCUCCCCACUGCCCCAACGCUCCCUUCUCCAGCAGGUCAAGUCAUCAACCAAAGCUCAGAGCUUCCAUUCUUCUGCAUCAUCAGGCAGCACCCAGAACUCUGGCAGUUCCCACAAGAGCCCAGGCUCAUCCUCAUCUCUCAGCUACACAGGAAAGCACUCAAGUGGCUCUAGCUCUUCAGGACAAUCUUACAAAUCACCUUUUGUUUCUGGUUCCCUCUCCAAGCACGGGGCUUCUUCCAGCAACUCCUCAUCUGGAGCUUCUGCAAACCAGGGCUGCUCCUCAGGGAGCUUGCUGCCCAGUGUGCAGACCCCUUCCUCGGGCCAGGCAUCCAGCCGCCCAUCCUCAAGCUCCUCAGUGAAGAAGACACCUGUUUCACAGAAGCUGACUCUGGUGGCACCUCCUGGAGGUUCAAACGGAGAUUCUAGUGGGGGCACUCAAGGAGUGGCCAAGUUGCUGACCUCCUCCCUAAAGCCAGCUGUUGUUAGCAGCACCGCAUCUUCUACCUCUGUGCCGAAAGGAACUAGUGGAGCUGUGCUGCUAACGAGUUCUCCCUCCUUAAGUGUACUGGCUCAGUCCUACAAAUCCAGCAAUCCAAAGCUGCCAGCUGCCCUGAGCUCUACCCCGUUAGGUAUUAUCUCUCCUAUUCAUUCCUUCCCUCUUCAUGUCAUCUCCUUCAGUUCAGACUCCUCCUCCAAAGCAGGAGUAUCAAAGGAUGCAAUAGUUACGGGACCUGCUCCAGGAACUUUCCACCACGGCCUUGGCCACAGUCUUCUAGCUGGCUUGCACUCGAGCCCCCACCAUGCAGCGCCACUCCCACAUUCUGCCCUGUCCACUCAUUUACCGCAGAGUUUGCCAGAUGCUUCUCAGCUUCACGGCAAAGGGUCCAACGCACAGCAGCGCAAGUUGUGA